UUUCAGCUCUGCUAAUUGUGGAAAGGGAAGAAUUAAAGCAAUGCUGCAGGCACUGCCUGGACUACAGUUUCAACUCAGAGGAAGGCUACGGGAUCAAGAGUGGACAGAGAAGUAUUCUCAAGAAGAAGCCCAUGCACGUUACCCACAGUGCCACAUGCCACUCUCACAAUACCCUGGGUUCAAUGGAUUUUUGCCUAUGGGAGCACAGUUUUCAUCAGACAAAGCUCCAGCAAUCUCAGAGGUACAAACACACUUGGAAAAUCAGUCUAGAUACCAUAUCCAGCAAAGUCAGCGGCACCAGGUGAAGCAGUACUUGACCCUUGACACAAAACUGUCUAGCCAGACUCUCUCCCUGUCCCACUCCCACACAGUCCAGCCCACAGGAGUGACCUCUAUUUUAAGGAACGGACACAUGCCUCCAGUCAGUGAUAUUGGCACACCAGAGAGUCCCGUGACCAAGCUUCUGGCCCUUGGAGGAGAACAUGAAAAUGCGAUGGAAGAAGUUAUUGAAGACAUAAUCAAUAUGGAAUCAAGUUUUAAUGAUGAUGGGAUAGGUUGCUCUGAAACACCUCUUCUGAUGCAAAGAACUCUAUCUAGCAGCAUUUUGGAUAUAUAUAACAGUGACCAGGGAAUGGCACCAGCUAAUAUGAGUCUCACAACUGCUUCUUGUCCAGCUAAUCUACCAGUAAAAAGGGAACUCACAGAAGCAGAUACGCGAGCAAUGGCCAAGGAGAGACAAAAAAAGGAUAAUCACAAUCUCAUUGAGAGAAGAAGAAGGUAUAACAUUAAUUACCGAAUCAAGGAGCUUGGCACACUCAUCCCCAAGUCUAAUGAUCCUGAUAUGCGCUGGAACAAAGGAACUAUUUUAAAAGCAUCAGUGGAGUACAUCAAGUGGCUACAAAAAGAACAACAGAGAGCCAGAGAAUUAGAACACAGACAGAAGAAAUUAGAGCACGCUAACAGAAGACUUCUACUCCGAAUUCAGGAACUAGAGAUCCAGGCACGUGCGCAUGGCCUUCCAGUCAUGUCUUCACUCAGUGCAGUAGAUUUAGCUGCUCAAGUCACCAAGCAACAGUCAUAUCCAGAGGAGAACUCUGUAGACUACUCUCAUCAAAUGCCUCUGGCUCGUGGACCAAAUUCUGAUGUUUGUGAUGGAUCUACAGCCUUUUCUGAUCCACUUUCCCACUUCACCGAUUUGUCCUUCAGCGCAGCUCUAAAAGAAGAGCAACGACUAGAGGAAAUUUUAUUGGAUGACACAGUAUCACCAUUUGGAGCAGACCCUCUCUUGUCCUCCACAUCCCCAGCUGCAUCAAAAGAGAGCAGCAGGAGAAGCAGCUUUAGCACAGAUGAUGGAGACGAUUUAUAAAAGCAGAAAGGGCCUCGCGUUUCCUUGAACCACUUGCUAACAGACUGAGUUGAACAUAAGCAUGGUGUGUGUGCUUGUUCCAAAUAUGAAUAUGGAAAACCACUGUGAAGGUAACAGGCAAGGCUUAAAUCAGCAUUUACUUCACAGGAAAAGGAGAUAUACAUGGAUUCAGAUCACUUUGCCCCAGAUUCACAUCAUCUGUUCACAGCUGACAUUUGCACAAAUCUUUCUUCCCUGGAAACCUUUUUACUACUGUUCCACGACUUUUUAUAGCGGUAUGAAAAUGCUUUCCACAAAAGGAAUGUCUGUGUUACACAAAUGUGUUCAGACUCUGUCUUCAAUCUGCAUUUACAUUUAUCUGUUAUAUAUGUGCUGCUUAGUAAUUUGCUAUUUUUUUUAUAACAAUGAGAAUAUUGUGUUAAAAAUUCUACAAAACAUAAGAAACAGUAGGAGAAUAUGUAAACUGGGAACUAUAGAGUGAUACAUGUUUUAAAAUCUGAAAAAACAAAUAGAAAUUCAUUUGCACAAGUGAAGUGAGCAUGAAUUUAAAACCACAUAGAUUUCCUGUAAUGAUACAGGAGAAAAAUAGAAACUAACAUAAUCACAGAAACACAAAGAAAUUCAAACAGAAAAAGGUGAUGUUUCAGUAGAAAGUGUUUAGAAAGACUGUGGAUGUACAAGACUGAACAAAGAUAUUCCACAUUACCAUCAGCACAAUUUAAAACAAAUACUACUGGUAAAAGUGCUGUGUCAGCUGCUUAUUCCAAGAAUAAUCAAGCUGUAUCCUUCUUGAUGUGGAAGAGAUAAGAAUAUGCAACAGUGUGCUUCUGGACUGUGCUUCCAGAGCUUUUUGGGAGCACAUUAAGGUUUUUCUAAAGGGAGUCUGUCUUUUCCAUAGCUAUGCCUUUGCAUUGUUUGUGAAUAGAGAGAAUUGGCCAGGUUUCCAUUAUACACAUUGAAACAAUGGUAAUUCAAUUUCAAAUUUGCCUUUUCAAUCACUAUAGAAAAGCAAGUAAGACUUCAAAUCAAAGGAAAUAUUUGGAAGACUUGAUUUUCCUGGAGUACACUAAGUGCAGUCAUUCUAAUUGUAAUAUUAACACGCAGAAAAUAAGCUCGUACAAGUUCUUCAUUGCUCUUCCUCCACCAGCGUCAAAAGAGCAUAUUUGGGAGUUUUCUAAUAAUUCAAAAUAUAUUUCAAACGUAUGUGUUAAAUUUUGCAGUCACUGAGCCCUGCUUAAUUUCCCAGAAAAUUCGCCUGAUUAGAAACAAAGAAGAAAAUGGAAUGCUGUUUGUGUUAAUGGUAUAAAUGUAUUUGAACGUACUUUUCAAGAGCUAAUCCUUUGCUUCCUCCUAUUUCCUCUUCUGUUAUUUGUACCUGAGGUCUAAUUUAUCCAGAGCCUUAGCCCAUUCCUGACCAACCCAUGGUUAUGAAACAUUAUGGUGCGCCCAAUUUCAUGAGAGUCUGCAUGCUUAUAGGAAACUCGAGGAUAUCUGUUUGCCUCUGUAAACUAUUUUGAUGUAAGAUGAACAGAGCAGAAGUAACUUCUUGUCAAGUAUGUGUGGGUUCCCAAAAAGCCAGCACAAAACUGGUUCUGAUACACUUCUACUGUAUGAUUAAGAUUUUUUUUCAUUUUUCAUUUUUAUUUUUAUUUGUACAUGGAGGAAAGGAAUGGAAAAACAAAGUGAUACUAACCAAAAUUAAUUGACCUCCAAUAACUGGAGUGCUUCCUUAAAUGACACUCAACAAAACUUGCUUUGUCAUAGUUAUGCUAAAGACAAGCUAAGUAUUCAUUGAAAUUGGUGUUCAUAUAAAAAAUGUGAUGAAUUGGAAGUAGAAUUUGUGCCCACAUUGUGUCUAGCUUAGGAUGUGUAUUGUCCAUGUCAGCUAAUGAAAGGAAAGGAUACUUGAUUGACAUCAAAUGCCAUUUGUCCUUGUACUGCAGUUUCUGCUAUAUUGGUUUUAAAUACACCAGUGCGGAUUGCUCAUAAUGGAGAAAAAGAAAUUAAAAAUGAAUGUAUUACAUGAUUUUCCCAUUGAACUUUUACAUGGGAGGUAGACCACAGUUCUGAACUAUGUUGACUUUAAAUAACAUCUUGAGUUUUAUGACUAUUAUAAGGACUGUUCUAAAAAAGCAUUAUAGUUUUAACAAAACUUACAGUUUUAAAACAUCCAUUAAAUGUUUUAAAGUUGAUUUUCAUUCUUCUGGCAGUUGCUUCAGUCUGAAGCACCAGAUUUUUCUUUCUCUUCCAGCUUGAGAAACCUAGCAGGAGGUAGGAAAUGCUCCUUCUGCAAUUGCAUUAAGCACACUCAAGCUGUCUUCAUUCACACAGUUUCCAGCACCCUCCUCUCUGCAAAAGCUAAAUGUAUCCAUGCCUGUGGGUGUGUAUUAUGAUGAUGAUGUUUCACUACCAUUACGCUGUUUUCUAGAAGGAAGUGGUCAUUAGUGUUUUCCCUGUAUUGUACCAUCAUCCUUGAAAUGGUGAUACAGGCUACCAAAAAUGAUACACCAGGGCACCACACGCUGAAGAUAUUGAUGAGAUCUUUGUGAGGGUAACUGUAUCCCAGGUUGUUUUGAAUAAGCAUCCCCUCUCCCACUUCGAUGUGGUGAGACUGCUGUGCAGCUGGGAAGGCUGCUGGAGGGCCAAGCGGAACACAGUGCCUUCUGGCUUGCGCAGAGGAAAAGGAUUGCACGACUGCAGCAACAAUCCCUGAUGUCCCUCCUCAGGCAGAAUUUCUCUCCUGUCCAUGAGAGUUUUACUGGACUAAAAUGUGGUGUGCGCAAAACACAUUUUUAGCUCUUCCCCAAAUCAUACAGAUCCGUUUAAUGAAAUCCCAUGAAAGAGAUGCAUAAUUUGUCCAUGGCUCUGGGUCUAGAAAAGAAUUUAAAGACGUACAGAGUUUGACCUCAAGCAGGGCAGGGGGUGAGGAGAGCUGGCUAUUUUUGUCAAAAUGUAUUAAAUGAUAAAUGAUGAAUUCUUGCUUGUUUUCAGUAGCAGCUGUUCAGAGCUGGUGGACACGUUCUUACAGAAUACACAAACUAGCAGACUGAUAAUUACACAAAAGGAAAAGGGAGCUGAAAUAUUAACAUCCUGUUUAAUUCAUGAAAUGGAUAUGGAUACUAUCCUAAGAACAGAAACUUAGAUUCUUUCACUGUGCAUAGCAUAGAUGGUGUGAAAAGCUACAGCAAGUGCAAACGGUUUUAACAAACAGAAUACAGUUGUUUUAUGUAGUAAAGUAACUAAAUAUAAUUCACUCAUUUAAUCUCAAUAAGAACACUGUUACUGUAAUACCUUUUGACUUUAAUAGGGCUGUAUAUAUGAAUGGAGGAUGUAAAAUUAUUGUAAUUUAAAAUUAUGUUAAGUCUCUUAGAUAAGUAAAGGCAUUUACAUUACUAUUAUGAGACUGUAGAAUAUUUUUAUAAUAAUUGCUAUUUUUCAUUGUUAACCAUAUAGUAUCUUGUUUUCUAAGUCAAUGUAUGCAGACAGAACGUACUUUAUUACACGCUGUAUAUGCAAUCUUUUUCAAAUUGCAUUUUAUACAGGCUGGUAUUUUAUGUUUAUUAUAUGAAUACAAUUAAAGGACUGAAAUUAAAACAUCUCUUUAUAUUUCCCUUGUGAAACUUCGCUACCCAGUCCCACAAAGAAUGCCAUCACAAGACAAUAUAAUAACAUCCUCUAAGAGCACCUGAGAUACUGAACAGACAAAACACUUCACAACUGCUAAACAUUUAGUCCAUUAUGAUACAUCAUGAUCCAGUAGCCUCCCAUUAAUAAAAAUAAUUGAUACAUUCUUUAAUAUGGUCUCCUGCCAUCUGCUUAUUCCUGCUGCUAAGGCUUUGAUUUAUGGAAAGUGUUUUCAGAAUGUUGCGAAAUUGCUAGCAGGCAUGAUGAUAUCAGUUAAAUCACUAAGAAGCUCUACAAAAACCUUUUAAUGUACUAGAUGUUCCCCAGACAAUCUAGGAUAAACAGAAUAUUGUAUUUUAAGAUGUAAAACAUUUUUUUAAAGCUGAUAAUUAGGUAGCAUUUUGGCACUAAAAGAUAUUCUUUCUUAUUGAAUUGAGUAAGAAUUUGGGUUGCUUUUUGAAUUCCUAAUAUCAAAAGUGCUGCUUUCAUUACAGUAUCUUUGGUGCUUUCUGUGCAUGGCAUGAUGCAAAUACUGUUAAGUAGUAACAUAUACUUCAGCUACAGUUUUGUAAUAGCUCAUUUGUUUCUUGUAUAA